AUGAUCCAACGAAAAAAUGAUGAUGAAAAAAAAAUAAAAAUUGUAGAUACUUUUUGUGUGUCAGAUGUUCACGUAAAGUCGGUUCUGGAAAACAAUAACAUAAAAGUUGAGAGUUAUACAAGAAAUAUUAAUAUCGAGGAUGUGACUAAUCUAAGGAGCCUUGACGCUUUACGUUUAAACAAUUUUUAUUUGUUAUAUUUAUAUUUAAAAGACAUAUGGUAUAUUUUCUUUCAUUAUGUUAUAUUAUUAAAAAGAAAAAUUGACGAGGAUGAUUUUUUUUAUGAUGUUGAAUAUGAAAAGUAUGUAGAUACUUUAAUAAAAUGUGAACAUGUAAAAAACAAUUUUUUAUAUAACACUAGAAUAGAUAAUUUUGAUUUCUUUUUAAAAGGUUUAAGAAGAUAUCUUAAUCAAAUGAAUAACCAUAAUACGGAUGAAGAGAAUGUUUCUCCUUGUAGUAAGAAAUGGGAGUAUAAUAAUAAUAAUAAUAAUAAUAAUAAUAAUAAUAAUAAUACUGAAAAGAAGGAAUAUGAUGUUUCUCAAGAUAUUUGUAAUUAUUUUACAGAAAAAACAAAGGAAAGUUAUACAUUAAAUUAUUCAUAUGAACAAGAAAAAAAAAAUAAGAAAAAUUCGUGUGUCAACAAUAAAAUGAAAAAUAUGGAAUGUGUAAAAGGAGAAGGUACCUUUGAAAAUACGAAUUAUACUAACGAAUGUCUUUUAUAUAUAUAUAAAGAAAAGGAAAAAAUAGAAAUGUAUAAUAUAGAUAAGGAUAUAUAUGAAAAAAUUAAAAAAGAGAAUACGUUCCAUAAACUAAUACAUAUAAAUAAUAAUCUUUCCAUAUAUAAAUUAUCGUAUUUAUAUUUCAAUGAUAAACUUAAAAGAAUAAGAUUAGAUAACUUCUUUCAUUUAAUCAUAUCCAAAAAAAAAAAGAUAGAUUUGGAUAUCCAGAGAAAUGUUAAAAAUGGUAAGAAAAUUAAUUGUACAGGACAUACAAGUGAACAAAAUAUAAAACAUAAAGAACACAUUAUUGAUAUGAAUGAGCAGUUGUUUUUAUUAUAUGUAUCUCAUUUUAAAUAUUAUAUUUUUUCUUUCUUCUUAUAUUCUUAUGUAAAAUAUAUUAAUCCCUCCCACUAUAACAACUACAGCAAAAAUAAGAGCAACAAUAAUAAUAAUAAUAAUAAUAAUAAUAAGGUAGAUAUAAAAGAAAAUAAUAAAAUAUGUGAUAAUGAGAAAAAUGGUUAUAAAAAUUAUAGAAAGAUAUUAAGCAUGAAAGAAGACAAAUCCUUAUUUCUUUAUAAUGAUGAUGAUAAUGUAAAAAAUUUGGAAAGUGUAACUAGUUACAUCUUAUGUUUUAUUAACCAUAUAUUAUACAAAAUAAAUAUCAUAUUGUCACAAGACAAAGGGGAUAAAAAAAUUACACAUGAUACUAUAAAUCAUAUUUUAAAAAAUAAACUAUUAAAGAACAAGAACUACUUUUCAUUCUUUGAGGGACUUGAAAAGCUGAACAUGUUAGAAAAAUGUGCGAUUUUUAUACACAUAAAAUAUAUAAGAAUAGAAUAUAUUUAUAGUAUAUUAUAUUCAGCUAACAAUAGAAAUAAAUUUAGUUUAAACAUAAAUUUAAUAGAUGAAUGUUUAAAAAUAUAUAAUUUAAGAAGAACAAAAUAUUUCUUACAAAGUUUACAUAUGAUAAUAGAUAGUGAAAAAAUCUUUUUUAAUAUGUCAAAUAAAGUUUAUACAAAAAAAGAAGACAGAUGUUUUCUUUUAGAUAAUAAAGAAGAAUGUAUACAACAUUUUUGUAAUAUUUAUGAGGAUACUAUAUAUGAUUAUAUAUAUAUACUUUUUCAAGAAAAAUAUUAUAAUAUAAAAAAAUGUUAUGAUAAAUAUGAUAUACCUAAUAUGAUAUUUUUUUGUUAA